AUGUUAGCUCCCAAAUUUCAAAGGCCUGUGGGUUUGCGGCUUUUGCAAACUCAGCCCGUUUGGGGAAGGCGCCCGGAGACUUCGAAGUCUGCUGGUCCCGGGCUGGCAGGCUGGAGGGAGGUCUCCUGGCCUUUUCAGGGAUGGGCCGACUGCUAUUUGGCCUUCAAUGAUCCGCCUGGGGAGUUGCUCCACAUCACCUUGAGCCUCGUGCGGGCACGUGUCUUGAACAUCGACCGCUUGGUGAGCGUGGCUGGGUCGAUGACUGCGCUGAAUCUCCUCACGGCCGUGAACCCGAGGCACAUACACUUCUUUGACAUGAACCCUUGUGCAAUCCUCUGGGGCAAGAUGCUUUGCGAGGUAGUCUUGCUUUCGAGCUCGCCGCAAGAGUUCAUGUCCAGACUCUUUGCACGAAACGUGGCCGAAUUCGAGCGUGAUGAAGGGAAGCUUACAUUCCUGAAUCAAGACAGAUUUCUGGCACGUCCUGUGUCGGCAGCCGUGCGGGAAGAGACCCGGGAAGCUUUGUCGGAUGAGGCGGCCCCUGUCUACUCCCAGAUUUUAUGCUCGUAUCAGGACGGGACCGUGCGUCGUGGCUGGCACACGCCGCGCGUGGCACCCUGCGAAGACCGCCGGCGACUGUGCCACGCCACGCGGUCGGGCUUGGGCAGCCAAGGUCGACUCCCGAGCGAACCGGGCCGUCGUUUGCAACAUGUUGCUGCUUUGGGAUGUUCCCCCUGA